AUUCAGGGGUCUCUUGGAAAAGAGGAAAACCCGUCAACGAGCUACAUCUCCGCCGGCCACCGCGAAUCCGCUCCAUCGCCCAGGCCGCAUCCAUGCCCCGCUGACCAGAGAGCUCGCGUGUUUUCCCAACACCAAAGCCUCCGCACUCGAACGAGGAGGUACGAGACGAGAUGGAGGCGGCGGCGGCGGCGGCCACGAGAAUACGAGAUCCAGUCGCUCUACUGCGGAAUAGCUUCAACUGAUUUGGGUGCUAACUGCUGAGCGAGCGAGUCUUGUCUAUCUUGUUUGCGUGACUCGAUGGAUAUAAUCUGUGGGCUCUCGCCAUCAUUCAAAGCCGAGACCUCGCCUAUCGUUGGAGAUAUUGAUCCCCUACCUCCGAGAAUUUACGUCAAAUCCUCUGUGCUUUGAAGGUUUGAUCAUGUGCUAAUCCAUUGCGGAUUCCUUGUUGACGUGAAGGCGUUGAUGGGAGCAAUAAGGGGAUGUCAGCACAUUGGGAAAGCGCCAGAGCAGGAGGGAAAGCUACUUCAGCAGCGGAUUCUGGAAUGUGACAAUGCCGUGAAGCCUAGCCAUCCGAGUAAUUAGGGGUGGUGGAGCUGAAUUUUGCAGAGACUGCAAGGCAAUGCAUGAGAAGAGUGUAUGAUAGGCAGGCGAAGGUGUACAGGAGGUGGGGGAAAAGGCAGUCAAAUCGACGCCUCCCAAUGAUCCACGGACUAUAUAUAUGGAUCUUGAUGGCAGCAAUGCACGCAUUGCUAACUACUUUGACAUCAUCGCUGGUACAAGCACAGGUGGCCUCAUUACUGCUAUGCUAGCUACUCCAUCACUGAGCAAUGCUAAGCAACCAUGCUAUGAGGCCAAGGAUAUUGUGCCAUUUUAUCUCAAGCAUUGUCCUCACAUCUUUACAUGCAGGACCGGAUUUUUCUGUUGGUUAUGGAAGAUCGUACACAUAAUUAAGCUGAUCAUUGGGCCGAAAUACAACGGUAAGUACCUCCACAAAAUAAUCAAUGAUCUGCUUGGUGAGACGAGAGUGAAGGAAACAUUGACAAAUGUUGUGAUUCCUACUUAUGAUGUUAAAUGUGUAAAGCCAACAAUAUUCAGCACAUUUAAGGCAAGAUCUAGUUCCUUGAUGGAUGCUCGUCUUGCUGAUGUGUGUAUUGGCACAUCUGCAGCACCAACCAUUCUCCCUGCACACUAUUUUGAAACUGUGGAUUAUCACACUGGUGCAUCACGCAGUUUCAACAUUAUUGAUGGGGGCCUUGUCGCAAACAAUCCGACUCUAGUGGCAAUCAGUGAGAUAACAGAGCAGAUCCGGCUGAGGAGCAAGGAAUUCCCUGAAACCAAACCCUUGGAUUACCAUAGGUAUCUGGUAAUAUCAUUAGGCACAGGUCUUCCAGAGCAAGACAUCAAGUUUGAUGCAUUGCAUGUUGCCAAGUGGGGAUUUUUUGAAUGGCUUGGCCGGCACUUUACCAUGCCUUUGCUGCUCAUGUUCUUACAUGCUAGCUCAGACAUGACUGACAGUCAUGUUGCGAACCUUUUCAAAUCAAUCGGAUGCUCAGACCAACUGUUGCGCAUUCAGGACCACAACAUACCAAUAGCGUCUGUGUCAGCUGACCUCACAACAGAGAAGAAUCUUCAAGGGCUAGUUAAAAUUGGAGAAAACCUCCUGCAAAGGCCACUAAGCAAGGAUGAUUGCAAGAUCAACCUCGAGCCAAUACCAAAAGAUAGCUGCACUCUAACCUAUGCUGAUCUGCUCACACGGUUUGCAAAGCUCCUUUCUGAUGAGAGGAAGUUUAGGCUCCAGAACAUAGAACUGGAUGCGAGGGUCUUAGCGAACCAUGAAACGUGAGCUCUUCAGAACACAUGGUCCAUGCCCAUCUUAGCAAUUCGUGUCGAUUACUAUAAGCAGUUGUGUGUAUUACAUGUUCUUGAGUGUGUAAAUGGUAAAGUGAUGUGUUAGCUCAGAGCCCUUUAUAAUUGGACAAACUGUAAUGCCUUGGCACGCCGGGCUAUCUAGCUGUGUGUAACGUGAGUGUGAAACUAUGUCAUGGUGUGGUGAACUGGUGGAUCAGCAUCCUAGGCUGUAAAUUACUAUCUGUUGCUCGUAUUGAAAAUAAAGUAUGCUGUGAUUAUUCCAGCAGUCCAGCUCUCUAA